AUGCGCUGGUGCCUACUCGCCCUUCUGCUUGUAGACUUUCACUAUGUGCACGCACGUUCAGUCCCACGCUCCGCACUCUCCGACGAGGACGCCGAACCUGCUGCCGACCCUAAGAUCCUCAUCCUAGGUGGUGGCGUAGCUGGUGUGAUUGCGGCACGUACCUUUUACGAGCAAGGCAUUACAAAUUUCGUCAUUGUGGAGGCUCGAGAUGAGCUUGGUGGUCGCCUGCAGUCUCAGACUAUCGGCGCCCCAGGCAAAGAACUGCUUGUCGAAUACGGUGCGAACUGGGUACAGGGUACGCAGGCCUCCGAAGGCGGCCCGGAGAACCCUAUUUGGUCUCUUGUAAAAAAACACGGCCUGAAUACUACGAGCAGCGACUGGUUCGGGAGCAUGACAACGUACGAUGAGAAUGGACCCGCGGAUUAUCUUGACACGUUCGACAAGUCGACCGACGUGUACAACGAGCUCACUGUCGUCGCCGGCGCGCGCGUGGAGCAGCAGCUGGUGGACUUGACCGCGCGCUCAGGCUACUCGCUGAUCGGCUCAAAGCCGAUGACACCCGCGGACAAGGCGUGCGAGUACUACGCCUUUGAUUGGGAGUACGCUCAGAGCCCGCUGGAAUCGUCGUGGAUUGCUAGCUCCUGGGGAAACAAUUUCACGUACGACCCUGACCAAGGCGGCUUCGGAGACACCAACGCGAUGUCUAUCGACCAGCGCGGGUUUAAACACUUCAUCCAGGCGGAGGCUGCUGACUUUCUGCAGCCGGAGCAGUUCAUACUCAACGCGACCGUAACGAACAUCGCGUAUUCCUCCGACAGGGUGGAGGUGACACUGAAAGAUGGGACCGUGCUGACGGCGGACUACGCGUUAUGCACGUUCAGCCUGGGCGUGCUGCAGAACGAUGAUGUUGUCUUCCAGCCUGCUCUGCCUGACUGGAAGCAGGAAGCCAUCCAGAGCAUGGUCAUGGCGACGUAUACCAAAAUCUUCCUUCAGUUCCCAGAGGACUUCUGGUUUGAUACGCAGAUGGGCCUGUACGCAGAUCCGGUCCGAGGAAGAUAUCCGGUCUGGCAGAACAUGAACCUCACGGGUUUCUUCCCGGGCUCUGGUGUGAUCUUUGUCACUGUUACGGGUGAAUUUUCCCAACGCAUCGAGGCACUGCCCGACAAACAGGUCCAAAAGGAAGUCCUGGAAGUCCUCCAAGCCAUGUUCCCUAACGCGACGAUUCCCGAGCCCACGACCUUCUUCUUUCACCGGUGGCACAGCGACCCGCUCUUCCGCGGAUCGUACUCGAAUUGGCCGCCGUCCUUUUUCAGCGAGCAUCAUCAGAACUUGCGCGCGACGGUAGACGAGCGGCUGUGGUUCGCAGGCGAGGCUACGAGCCAGAAGUACUUUGGCUUCUUGCACGGCGCCUACUACGAAGGAUUGGACGUCGCCAAUAAUCUGGCGCAGUGCGUUCAAGGAAACGGAUGUGCAUUUAUUGCGAACGUUACCGAGGUCACGAACGCGUACCCAUACGUCAUUUAA